AUGUGGUCGAUACUCUCACAGGACUUUUCAGACUUCGCCGAGGCGUUCAAGUCCGAGUCGGCGGGGUUUAUGGGGUAUCUCGAGCAUAUCGCCUCCAACGUCGUGGGCCGCGGCGACGUAUACGCCGGCGACGAGGCUCUUGGGAAGGCGGUCGCGGAAAUGCCGCUGCCCAAUGGCCUGCUGCGGCGCUUACAGGACGCGGAGGCGACAUACACGCUGCCCAUUCAGCCAGAGGAGAAGGCGGCGUUCGCGGCGUGGAUGAAGGAAAGUCCUCUGAGCAGUGCGAACGCGCUCCGCCGCCAGCAGUACAUGGCGGCAGGCGGCACCACCACCAGCAAGUCGGAGGGUGGCUCUCCUGUUGGGACGCCGGGGCGCCUUCCGCCGCUUGGCAUGACGCCAAACCGCCGCACCGUCGAGUACCCCGAUGAGCCGAUAGAAGAGACCCGCCAGCGGCUGCUGGACUACAACGAGGUGGUGCUGAAGCGCUACAUGUCGCUUGUGGGCGACGCGGUGAACCCACGCUCCAGCGUCUGGGCGUCACUGGACGCGAGGCGGUGGGAGACGGACCCGUCCUUUACUGCGAGGCUUGGAGAAGGUGGGGGCGGGAGCCCUGUGCCGGCUGCCGCAACUGGCGAGCGGCCACAGGUUUCCUCCCCUUCCUCGGCGAUGACACCAGCGCGCGGUCGCAUCAGCGAGGACGAGUUUUUCGACCGCUACUUUUUCCGUUUGACUCAGCUCCGUGUGUCGGAGUCGCCGCGCCGCGGUGCUGUCCCCCACCAAAAGGCUUCUGCGAGCACCUCGGCGGCGGCAUCGCCGGGGUCUCCAUCGACCCUUCCAACGCCGUCGUCGUCGCCGCAGGUGAACGAUAGGAGUCGGCAGAGCACCGACGACGAAGAAUUUGCCGUUGUGCCGCUGUUUGCAAAGCGCGUGAUGACGGCAGCCAGUGGCUUCGUGAUGGGUAUCGACAACGCGCUGAACAGCGUUGUGGCGGGCGAGGCAUCGCGCUGCAGCGGCGCCGAGGGCGAGGGGACGGAUGCGCUCAGCGAGGAUGGUGCCAACGUGGACCCAAAGGACCUCGUGCACUACAGCAGCACGAGGCAGCAGAUCGCGGGGCUCGAGUCGAUGGUGCAGGAGCUGCAGGAGGCGCUUCGUCAGGAGCGGAGGCGCGUUGCUCAGCUCGCGAGUGCGUUGGAGGCUAAAGGGAUCGAGGUGCCAGCAGAGCUCAUGACACCGGCGCCGUCCUCGACUCCGAUAGCUCCUGCGGAAAAGGUGGAGGUGAGCUUGGCGACAGCGCUGAGGGCUGCCCGCGACACCGAUCCGGCCCCUGCCACUCCCACUGGCGCUGCUGCUGUCGCGUCUUCCGCCGGCCGCGGAGCGUCAGCUACGCCGUUAGCCCCCGCCGCAGCGGCCCCACCCCCGGACAACCAGAAAGGUAGCGAGGCCACCUCUUCCACGCACAGCACCAGCGGGGACAUGAUCUCGGCGGCAACGGAGGAGGAUACGUGGGUGUGCAUGAGCACAGGCGCCGAGUAA